AUGGUCGCCUCAAUCUUCUCACGCGUUGCUUUUGCAACUGGACUUCUUGCCUCCACUGCUUCGGCCGCUUACGAUGCCUCCUCCAAGUCAAACGUCGCUGUUUACUGGGGACAGGGAAGCAACCAGAUAUCGUUGCUCGAAGUCUGCUUGGAUCCUAACGUAGACAUUGUCAACAUUGGCUUCAUCAACAAGUUCCCUACGAAGCGAGGCGAAUAUCCUGGAUCAAACCACGCCAAUGCCUGUGGUGACGCAACUUACCUUGACCCGACUACCAACAAGCCCAGCAAGCUACUCAGCUCAUGCCCUGGCGUUGGUGAGGCCAUCAAUGCUUGUAAGAGGAGAGGCAAGAAGGUCAUGCUCUCGCUCGGUGGUGGCUGGCCUACAGACUACUACCUCCCAACACCAGAUGUUGCAAACUGGUUUGCUGAGUUUUUGCUCGGAGCUUAUGGCCCUCCUACCGCCGAGUGGAAAGCUGCCGGCAAGCCCCGUCCCUUCGGCGAUGCCUAUGUUGAUGGUUUCGAUCUCGACCUCGAAGCCGCAGAGUGGGAUGUACCGUCCAAGGACAUGCUCUACCUGAACUACGAUGUCUUCGGCAAGUACAUCAAGGCACACUCCAAAAUGCUUCUCUCCGGUGCUCCCCAGUGCGUUGUCCCUGAUGCUAGGAUUUUCCUUGCUCUCAAGGAGGUUCCUUUCGAUUUCCUAUUCACCCAGUUCUACAACACCUGGAGCUGCUCUGCUGCCAAGGCCGUACAAGACAUGAAGAACAAGGCAGAGAGCACCUUCACCUUCACCACCUGGAUUUCUUGGCUCAAGGCAAACUCCAAGAACCCAGACAUCAAGCUCUACCUUGGAUUGGCUGCUGGUCCAGAUGGUCUUCCUACACACAAGGACCACUACCUCACCCCUGAGGAUGCCAAUAUGCUUGUUCAGUCCCUUCAAGGCGAAAGCUUGUUUGGUGGUGUUAUGCUUUGGGAGGCGACCGUCUCUAAGAACAACCCGACUUAUGACCAGUCCUACGGUACCUGGAUGAAGUACGCUGUUGAGGGUACUUUCAAAGACAAGUACCACCCUGUUGUAUCUUCUAGCUCUGUGGUCUCUUCUACAAUCACACCUUCCAGCACUCCUGCCUCCAGCACUCCCGCAUUCAGCACCCCAGCUUCAAGCACUCCG